UGUUCCAUCUGUCUGGAUGUGUUCAGCAGCCCAGUUUCCACACCAUGUGGACACAACUUCUGCAGAACCUGUGUUACAAAGUAUUGGGAUGAUAGAGUCUGGUACAAUUGUCCUGUUUGCAACGAGCUUUUUCAAACUAGACCCUUUCUACGAGUCAAUACCCUUUUAUCAGAGCUGGCCGCUCAGUUUAGAACAUCCGUACGAGUAGAAGAGCAGCCUUGUGUUGAACCAGCUGAAGUUCCCUGUGAUGUCUGUACUGGUACCCAACUGAAGGCCGUGAAGUCCUGCCUAGUGUGUCUUAUCUCUUUCUGCCAAACCCACCUGGAGCCACAUCAGAGAGUCGAAGUCCUGAAGAAACAUCGGCUGGUCGAGCCUAUGGACCGUCUGGAAGACAGGAUGUGUAAGAAACACGACCGACUUCUUGAGCUCUUCUGCCAGACUGAACAGGUGUGUGUGUGUCAGUUCUGCACAGAGACAGACCACAAGUCCCAUCCUGUUGUACCUCUAAAGGAGGAAUAUGAAGUGAAGACGGCCAAGCUGGGGAAGAUAGAGGCUGAAGUUCAGCAGAUGAUCCAGGAGAGACAAAAAAAUAUUCACGAGAUUAAAGACACAGUUAAACGCAGCAAAGCAGAUGCAGACAGAGAGAUAGCUGAUGGUGUACAGGUCAUCACUGCUCUGAUGCGCUGCAUUGAAAAGUGCCUAAUCAAAGAGCUGGAGCAGGAGAAAGAAGAUCUGACCAAUAGAACCUCAGAGGUAAAGCAGCUCUCACACACUAAAACUCACUCUGGACCCGAACACAGACAUCUCUUUCUGUGUGAAGACAACAGAAAGGUGAUGCAGCUUGGAAUAACACAGAGGUAUCCUGACCACCCAGAAAGAUUUGACUACCGAAGACAGGUGUUGUGUAGAGAGGGUCUGACUGGCCGCUGUUAUUGGGAGGUAGAUUGGCAAGGCGAGGUGGAUAUAGGAGUGACAUACAGAGGAAUCACAAGGAGAGGAAGGAGGGACGACAGCUUAAUUGGACAGAACCACAUGUCCUGGUGUCUUCAUGGUGAGGAUGCUAAUGAUGUUGAUAAUGUUUACUCUUCCUGGUACAACGGUAAUGAAACAAUAUUGUCUCCCCCCCCCCCGAUCACUUUAAAAGAAUAG